AGCACUUGAAGGCAGCAUUGACUCGGAGUAGCUCGGUUACUAUGUUUACUUCGCUGUUGCGGUGCAACGACUGUCUAUCCCACUUAUAGAAAGUAGCUAGUUAGCUAAAUUAACCUUAAAACGAGAAAAACCUAGACAUUACAGGACAGUUUUAGAAUAAUUAGUACUUUAAGUUGCAGUCGCUUUAUCUUCCUCAAUGAGCAGUUUAGAGUGUUUGGGGAAAUCCUCCACCAGUUCACAGAAACAGUUGACAGCAGACGUCCCCUCUGCUAAUGCUGAGACAAACAAACCCAGUGACCAAGUUUGGGAAAAGACAGUCAUCAGGGACAUUAAACCUUGCAGGAGUCUUCCUGCCCGGGCACCGCCUCGUUCUGUGAAGGUUUCUUGCCAGGAGACUCAAAAGUUUGGGUUUCCAAGUGGGGAUGUGCUGGAUGAAGACGAGUGCUCACCAAAGGAAUCCAUCAGCAUAACACCAAGGGUUGAUAAACACACACAGUCGACUGCAGUGCCUGAUGAAGAGCUGAAAAUGAAAGACCUGAGGAAGCCCCCAGACUCAAUACUUAUAGGAGGAUCAACACAUUCUCCUCCACCAGCUGAGCCUUUCCCCACACAUGGGCCAAAUGGAGAGGAAGAACAGACCGAAGAAGAGGAUGUUGGGGAUGAGGAACGAAAGGCACCAGUGGAGCUGAUAAUGGAGUUCCUCAGAGCUGUGAUGGACAGAGACUUCCAGCUGGCCAGCAAACUGUGUCAGAUGAUUCUCAUCUAUGAACCAGACAAUCCUGAGGCCUCUGAGUUUCUCCCGCUGAUCCAGAAGAAGCUGUUGGAGGAGCAAGAGGCAGAGCAGAACACUGAGGAGGAGGAAGAAGAAGAAGAAGUAGAUGAAGAUAAUGAUGACUCGGAUAACUCUGGGAGUGAUGAGGAGUCAUCUCAGAGCUCAAACUGCUCCUCUUCAGCUUGCUCCUCCUCCUCACCAUCAGAUGAUGAUGAUGAUGAUGAUGAAGAAAAGCAAGUAGACAGACACAAGCCGUGUCCUACUUCUCACAUUUCUCGCUAAAUCUAUUGUACCAAUACAACAGAGGCAAUGUUAGGCACUGUCACCAGAUAUCUCUGCUAAUAGCAUCUUGGAAUCAAAUUCACCUGCAAAUAAAAUAUU